AUGGAGAAGAGAAUGGCGCAAGAGUCGGACAGGAUCAGCCUGUUGCCAGGGCAUAUAUUGGACGAAAUCCUGUGGCGCUUGCCAAUAAAGGAGGCUGGGAGAACUAGUGUUUUGUCGACAAAGUGGAGGUACAGAUGGCGCUCUCUUCCACACCUCUGGUUUGAUAACCGAUGUACCUGGAGCAAUGGUCAUGGACAAACUUCGCAAAACCUGGUGAAGAUAAUCGACAGGGUCCUUAUGCUUCAUAGUGGCCCAAUACAGUCGUUCAUACUCGCUCACACGGAAUUUUCCAACAUCCGCGACAUCGACCACUGGAUGCUUCAUCUAUCCAAAGUCCCUGUCAAAGGGAUCUAUCUCUGUGUCUGCACCCUGGAGAAAUACAAGAUGCCCACUUUCUUCUUCAAUUGCCAGCACUUGAUUCGUUUGAAGCUCUACGGAUGUUCAAUAAAAAUUCCAAUUUCCUUUGAAGGAUUCAAGAACUUGCAGAGUUUGUAUCUUCAGCAUGUUGAGUUGUCUCCCUACGAACUUGAGGUUCUCAUAUCUCGCUGUCCCCUGCUAACUCAUUUGGUUUUGAAGUAUUUACCGGGGAUUACGCGACUUAACCUUGAAGCAGCUCGCAACCUCAUGGAGCUCGAUGUAAGAGGUGCUUUUCAGGACGUCUUCGGUGUUACAAACCGUUUGAGGUCUGUCACGAUUGAUAUUAUUGAAAACAGACAAGCAUCAGGCAAUGCUAACUCAGGCAAUUUUCACAAAUUCUUCCGAAAUGUUCAUAAUAUUCAGAUUCUCAAGAUCGAGAACUACUCAUUGAAGUAUUUGGCUCAAGGAAUUCCUUGGACAUUGCCUCAUGCGCUUGUUCAUUUGAAGCAUCUCUCCGCAUGCGUAGACUUCACUAGUGUGAAGCAGAUUGCGACUGUUAUAUGCCUGAUCAAAAGCUCUCCUCAAUUGAAAAAAAUAGAGUUUCAGGCGCAGGAUCCCAAGAAUCAACCGACUGCAAGAACGACAGUGGCCGAGUUUUGGAAACUCCCCUGCCACUCGUGUUGCCUGGAACAAGUACAAGUCGUAUCGAUGAGAAAUAUUUUUGGCAUUGAACCAGAACUGGAAUUCAUGAAGUUUCUACUUACUAGUUCACCGAACCUGCAAAAGAUGGUGAUCCAGCCUAGCGCGGGGAUUGCAGAAGGCAAGUUGCUCAGGGAGUUGCUGCAGUCCCGGCGAGUGUCAGCGCAAGCGCAGAUUGCACUCUACACCCAUAAGAGGCAGAACUACAAGAUUCCUAUCUACUUCUUCAAUUGCCAGGACUUGACCAUUUUGAAACUCUGCGGAUGCUCGGUGAAAAUGCCACCUUCGUUCGAAGGAUUCAAGAAAUUGUAUACUUCGUAUCUUCACCGUGUUGAGGUGUCCCCUUGCGGACCAGAGGUUCUGGUAUGUCGCUGUCCGCCGCUAAAAUGUUUGACUUUGAAGGAUUUAAAGGGGAUCACACGAGUUAACCUCGAAGCAGCUCGCAAGCUUGAGUCGCUUGACAUUGGAGGAGCUUUUCUGGAUGUCGCCUUCGUUGUUGUGAACCGUUUGAAGUAG